AAACCUACUUAAUAAUCACUUCCAAAUUAUCCAUUAGUUUACUAUAAUGAGUGCAUGCUUUCAUUCAAUUGUGAAGCCUUUUCCUCUCUUUUCGCAAUUCGAUUCAUAUCGCUGCACUUGGAACCCUAAUUUGACAACCCAUUUUUCUAUACAAAAUUACAAUAAUAAUAUUACAAGGGAUAUAUGUCACCGUCGUUUUAAUCAGUCCAUUAGAAUUUUAGAACAUGGUAGCGGAGUUUUAUCGCCCGCCGAUGACGAUAUAGAAGUUCCCUUUGCGGGGGGAGUAUCUGAUACCGACGGCGAAGUGCCGGAUACCGACGACGGAGUGCUUCAGGGACUUGUAGAUGUGGAGGAGGAUGACACAGAAAGUGCUCUGAAGGAUCUCUCAACGAAGAGAUUUGCUAAGAAGAAAGGAAACGAUGAAGAGGAGGAUGGAGAAGAUAGUCGGUUCAAGCUGCAAAACGGCAGGGAGGUUUUUGAAGAGAAAGCCUACCUUGUAGGUGUCGCACGUAAAGAUGAUACAGAGGAGUUAUUUAGCUUUGAAGAGUCACUCAAGGAACUGGCCCAACUGGCUGAUACUGCUGGACUAAUGGUUGUUGAUUCCACAUAUCAAAAACUAGCUACUCCAAACCCAAGAACGUACAUUGGAUCUGGCAAGGUUGCGGAAAUCAAAACUGCAAUUAAUGCUUAUGGUGUGGAGACUGUAAUAUUUGAUGACGAACUCUCACCAGGACAGUUGCGUAAUUUGGAAAAAGCCUUUGGUGGAAAUGUUAGAGUGUGUGAUCGUACUGCUCUCAUCCUAGAUAUAUUUGACCAGCGAGCAGCAACACGUGAAGCUGCUCUACAGGUUGCAUUGGCACGAAUGGAGUACCAGUUGCCAAGAUUAACAAAGAUGUGGACCCAUCUUGAGCGUCAAUCAGGAGGAAAAGUCAAAGGUAUGGGAGAGAAACAAAUUGAAGUGGACAAGCGUAUUUUACGCGAUCAAAUUGGUGUUCUUAGAAAAGAAUUGGAAUCUGUUCGGAAACACAGAAAACAAUACCGAACAAGGCGUCUAGCUGUACCUGUGCCAGUUGUGUCACUGGUUGGGUACACAAAUGCUGGAAAGAGUACAUUGUUGAAUCAGUUGACAGGGGCUAAUGUUCUUGCUGAGGAUCGAUUGUUUGCAACACUUGAUCCAACCACGAGGAGGGUACAGAUGAAGAAUGGAAAGGAGUUUCUGCUUACGGAUACUGUUGGAUUCAUUCAAAAGCUACCAACAACUCUGGUUGCUGCCUUCCGAGCAACAUUAGAGGAAAUAUCAGAGUCAUCCCUUCUGGUCCAUGUGAUAGAUAUAAGCCACCCACUGGCCGAGCAGCAGAUUGAUGCAGUAGAAAAGGUUCUUUCGGAACUAGAUGCUUCAUCAAUUCCCAAGUUGAUGGUGUGGAACAAGGUCGAUAAGGCUAAGAAUCCUGAAGAAUUGAAGUUAAAAGCCAAGAAUGUCGAAGAUACUAUUUGCAUAUCUGCUCUAAACGGUAGCGGUUUGGAUGAAUUCUGUAAUGCAGUACAGGAGAAACUAAAGGAUACUAUGGUAUGGGUAGAAGCUUUAGUUCCUUUUCACAAAGGAGAACUACUCAGCACCAUCCAUCAAGUUGGGAUGGUGGAACGAACUGAAUACACUGAGAACGGAACACUGGUGAGAGCAUACGUGCCUCUCCGUUUUGCACGGCUUCUAACCCCAAUGAGGCAAACAUGUGUAUCACAAUCUCCAACUCCAACUUCUUCGGAGGAAGAGUAAACCACUCAAAAGCAAUGCCAUUUCAUGCAAUCAUCAUCUCCGUAAAUACGUUAGCUUCACAUCGUCAUAUAAAGCAACAGUUUCUCUUGGUAACGACUCUCUGCUCUUACUCGACUUUUCAAAAUCAUAUAGUGCUUCUCUAGCCUUCAUUCUGUUAUGUAUAGCUACAGUGAUGUGAUUCUUGAGGAAAGUACAAAUAGAAGCAUACUUCUUUCAGAAAACUUGUGUAAUCUGUAGGUUUAUAGGAUUUUUGACCAUGAUUAAAUUGAAGGUUAGAAAGCAUGUUGGGGGU